GUUAAAAGUCAAAUCAAAAAUAAAUUAGGAAGACGCUUACUUGGCGGUUAUGGAUGCAAGCAAAAUAUCAAUGAAGCACGAAAUUUGAUUGAAGAAGCAUCCAAUCUUGGUCAUACUCAUGCUAAAGUUUGGUUAAAUAAUUAUAAUUCAAAUAAUGAUUUUGGUGCAAGU